AUGAAGUCCUUCAAGCCUAUUGUACUGGCGCUCUGGGUUGGAUCGGCUUUUGCUCUGCCCGCAUCCAACUUGACGGCUCCUUCUUACAACGAGUCUUCAAAUUCAUCCGGGACUUUCGAAAACGAGGCUCUCGUUACGCGAGCUUCUCGACGAAGUGACAUCGAGAUGCCAGACGUUCUCUCUCAACACUCUCCUGGUCAAGGGCAACAUCAUACCCUCCCACCGCUCACGGAUGCAGAAUUCCGUGCUCUGGAACGCAGAGGCGCAGAAUUUUACGACUUCAUGAGCAUUCCCCAAACAUCCCAGCUUGACAAGGCAAUGCGCCAAAAGCAUCGGCUUCAAAGUGACCAAGGCUCUCAGAGCAAGUUCACGAAACCCGAGCAGGACUUGAAAAGGGGAGGAUGGAUAACCGUUCCAGGGAAGAAGACCGGCAGACUUGAUGAUCGAAAUAUCAAUCUACCUGCACCCGUCUGCCAUAUAUUGGAAAGUCUCGGCCUCGACUGCAGGACUCGGGCGGCUGGUGGCUACAACGAUGUGGUGGCAAUGCACCAGGGGAAUUCCGAGUUCGAUGGUGAGCAGCACGACGCCGUAAGUCUUAUUCGAUAUCCUGACUACCUUUCAGAACAGGCUACUGACAUUGCGCAGGGUACGGGAGCUUUUGUAUUCGCUGUGUACAACACCAAAGAAGGCGUACUUAUCAGCGCAUCGGCCGAGUCUCCAAAACAUGCCAUUAAAGAUACCUUCUACGACAGUGAUUCUGAUUACGACGACGAAGAAGCCCAAGGAUAUAUGCAAGACCCUAAAAACUUUCCGAAGCUUCAGAAAAUCAGCGAUAUCUGGUUUCUAUGCUAUCUCCAACAUGCAACCCAAAACGGCGACGACCCAAGAAACCUUCGCUACGCGAUUGGCCUUUCGAUACAUAACGACGAUGCCGUACGGCUGCACGACUAUAUCAUGAAGCAAAAAGGCGCCAGACCGCAGCCAUGGAGCAAAGAGACCGGGAGAUCAUCAAAUGCGAACAUCCAUGGUGGCACAUACCAGACACCCUUGUUCAAUAAUAGACUCACUUUCGCAGCCAAGAGCAACAAAGAAGACAGAGCAAUCUUCCACGCCUUGAUCUAUCGCUGGAACUCCCUGGCCUGGAUGCUACUACAACAUAGAGCAGAGCUGGGAGUGAAGCGGGUGAGCAAGAUUUCCCUAUUUCAUGUGCCCGACAAAGAGCAUCCGGAGUACACGGGAUCUUCGUCUAUUUAUGAGCUGGUGAACCUGGAUAACAGCGGAAAGGUGAGGUCUUGGCCGAAGAAAGAAAGCAGCGGAGGAGUCGUGGCCGGGUCUUCGGGAACGCAGCGUGGCUCUUCGCGUGGUAAGAGAGAAUUUCCAAGGUUGUGAAACGAUGCGGCUCACUCUUAUUCUGGUAUGGAUGGACGAUACAUAUGGUGUUUUCCUGGAGCAAGUGUCUGCCUGUGUUGAAUUUGUCCGAGCGACUGGACCGCGUGUGAUCAUGCAUCACAAUCUCCAUGGAAUAUUUCCUUCUCUAAUUAGGCAGAUGGCAUGACCGCAAUGGGUCGUGAGAUAGCUAUGCUGUACUCUCUCAUUAUAUCUUUAUCUUGGCACGAGCCAGUGUUUCCAAUAGAUGCAGGCGACUUGUACUAGAUAAACGAAGACUUUACUCUCCUCACUUCUUGAUCGCACACUCAUUCCACCGAUGCAGCCACUUUGCAAAAUUCAACUACCGCUCGAAGAUCUUGACCAAUCUUUGUAAUUGCCUAAUUGAGUAAUGGCCGUACCAUGUGACUUUCUGAACCGUGCACACUGCCCAUCAGCGAUCGCACCUCACAUUUGUACCUAUGAGAGGACAUCACAUUUCUAUAACACCCGCAAUUUGGAGUCUGUCUAUUCCCGGAGGGCGUCUGUGUUUACGACUUCAGACGCACGACACUUACUGGCAGCUCACGGUGAGAUUGUACUAUUAUGUCUGCAAAUUGACCUCGAUGAUCGGUAGUUGUCGAGAGAAAAUACAUCGCCAAUCAGACGACGACAUAUACCUCGUGGUAGUCGUCAUACGCAUGGUUCGCAACGACCUUUCGCCAUUUGGCUGGCUGUCCGACGCAUGUUUGCGGAGAGGCACGCGGAGCAUGAGAUUUUCUCAACGAUAGUAUACCGUGCCGGUGGUACGAGGCAUCAACACGGAGAAAAAUGACUGCCAACUCAUGCCCUCGCGCUGCAGGAGCGACGGAUCAUAGCAAACCGCCCAGUUGGCAGUCAUACUUGGAUGUCUAGCAUGAGAAUCUCACAAGGUCCCGAGGACGCAUAUAUCUUGGGCUCUGGAACUCCUUUCCAUCAAUUCCAACUUCGACAUCAACCCGAACAAAAGCCCAUAGCCUGGUCUCAGGAUUCUUGCAAAUCAGCUCUUACCUACAAAUUCGCCCAAGUGGCACCUCUCAUGCGAAGGAAAAUGGACUCGCACGAUCGUGCCCACGUCGCACAUCAUCCACCUAAUGACAUGGGAAAGCUUGGCCCAUUCGUCGAUCUCGAAGGGCCAGACGCAGAUGUCGAGGCUCAUCAACCAUCAGCGCCUCGUCGAUCGACUGCCUACAAGCAGGGACUCUUUUUCCUUCUGGGUCUGGCCGUUGUACUCGUGCUCUGUUGCUGUGCUUCCCGCAACAGGUCUUCAUACCUCACAAAAGCGGAACAAGAAUCAAGACUCAAUGAUCUGAAUGCCCUUGAUGACAAUCUACAGCUUUUGUCCUUGGACCAAAACCUGACAGUGGAAGAAUUGCCAGUUCCACUCGACUUGGAGAGGAGAGCCUAUCAUCCGAAUUAUGGCGGAUAUGCUAGUAACCAACAAUCUGGAGGCAUCGGUGCGGGUAUGCCACCUCCUCGUAAUGUUUCACAGCGGGCUCCACCCCCGCCACACCCAGACCUCGUGAACACUUUUACGAAGGGCGAAGAGCUCAAGGCACAAUUGCGGAUCAACUACGCAGACGCCAACAUACAAUAUGCGGACUUGAUGAAUCCUAACAAGGGCUGGACUGGGGUCGACUUGAGUGUCGCGUACAUGCAAACAGAGUUGAGGCCGAUCGAACGCGCUCUCGGAGACCUUGGCAUCAGCAUCAAUGAUCCCAGACUUCGAGGAAGACGGUGGCGUCAGGACCAGAAGUGGGAUAGAGUAGACAAUCAUGUGAGCAGAGUUUGACUAUUCACAACAUCAGCAACAUACUGACAUGGAGCAGCACCCCACCCAAGGGCAAUAUACGAUCAUCUAUGCGCCUGGCCAAAAGCUCACCAUGAUUGUGAUAUACAACUUGACACCUUACGCUAUGUGGCAACGGAUGAAUGGAGCAAACGCGAGAAUGGCUCCCGGGAUCGCGCCUCCAUUCGCUGCUUUGGGGGACGUUGCGGCCGUUCAGUGGACCCAAUUCUCAUCCAUGAUGGGAACUGACCCUCGCGACCUGGGAAGGAUGAUCUUUUUCAAUCACGCCAUUGAUGCUCAGACCAGAUGGCUGAUGGAAUCGGUACUCAAAAAUCCAGGCAGCACAUCUAAUUACGGGAGAUUAUCACUCAGUCAACUCCCAGUCUGGGAGCACGAUCCAAGGCGGCGAUUCCAGCUUGCAUCUCAGACUAUUGGAGCGACCAUUCUCAUCGGCUCCUCGGUCGGGGAACAGGUUACUGAUGCAUUUAUGCACCAUCGGGGCAAACUAUCCCGUGGACACAAGGUCAUUCAACAAGCGGAGAUGUUCAAGGGCGAUGACAGCACGAAAGUCCAGCCAGUGCUCAUGUUCGAGCUUCUGGGCUGA